GGCGGGCAGGCAGGUCGGCUCCGCUCCGCUCCCGGCUCCGCCGCCAUGCCGCCGCCCGGGCCCCGCCGAGCCGCCUUCAGCCUCCUCCUCCUCCUCCUCCCGCUGCUCCGCCGGGCGCUGGCCGCCGCAGGGCUGGAGUACAGCGACGUGCUGCCCGACUCCUUCCCCUCGGCCCCGGCAGAGACCCUCCCUCACUUCCUGCUGGAGCCACAGGAUGCCUACAUCGUGAAGAACAAGCCUGUGGAGCUGGUCUGCCGUGCCAACCCUGCCACCCAGAUCUACUUCAAGUGCAACGGGGAGUGGGUCAACCAGAACGACCAUGUCACCAAGGAGAGCCUGGAUGAGGUCACUGGGAUGCUGGUGCGGGAGGUGCAGAUCGAGGUGUCCAGACAGCAGGUGGAGGAGCUCUUUGGCUUGGAAGAUUACUGGUGCCAGUGUGUGGCCUGGAGCUCCGCGGGCACCACCAAGAGCCGCCGGGCAUACGUCCGGAUAGCCUACCUACGCAAGAACUUUGACCAGGAGCCACUGGGCAAAGAGGUGCCACUGGAGCACGAGGUCCUGCUGCAGUGCCGCCCACCCGAGGGGGUACCACAAGCUGAGGUGGAGUGGCUGAGGAAUGAGGAUGUCAUCGAUCCCAGCCAGGACACCAACUUCCUGAUCACCAUCGAUCACAACCUCAUUAUCAAGCAGGCUCGCCUCCUGGACACUGCUAAUUACACCUGCAUGGCCAAGAACAUCGUGGCCAAGCGACGGAGCACCACAGCUGCUGUCAUUGUCUACGUGAACGGUGGCUGGUCCACCUGGUCGGAGUGGUCUCCUUGCAACAACCGCUGUGGCCGGGGCUGGCAGAAGCGCACGCGGACGUGCACCAACCCCGCACCUCUGAACGGUGGCUCCUUCUGUGAUGGGCAACCAUUCCAGAAAAUCCCCUGCACCACCCUCUGCCCAGUGGAUGGUGCAUGGACAGAGUGGAGCAAGUGGUCAGCGUGCAGCACGGAGUGCACACACUGGCGCAGCCGCGAGUGCACCGCCCCGGCCCCCCGAAAUGGCGGCAAGGACUGCAGCGGCCUGCUGCUCGACUCCAAAAACUGCACCGAUGGCCUCUGCAUGCACAAUAAAAGAGUUUUAAGCGAACCCAAAAGCCACCUGCUGGAGGCCACAGGUGAUGUGGCCCUGUAUGCUGGGCUGGUGGUGGCCAUAUUUGUCUUCAUCGUGAUCCUGAUGGCUGUGGGGGUGGUGGUCUACCGGCGGAGAUGCCGGGAUUUCGACACGGACAUCACAGACUCAUCAGCUGCUCUGACUGGAGGCUUCCACCCUGUCAACUUCAAGACCUCCCGGCAUGACAACCCGCAGCUGCUGCACCCCUCGAUGCAGCCAGACCUGACCGCCAGCGCUGGGGUGUACCGCGGCCCCAUGUACGCCCUGCAGGACUCCUCUGACAAGAUCCCCAUGACCAACUCCCCACUGCUUGACCCCCUCCCCAACCUCAAGAUUAAGGUCUACAACUCCUCCACCACUUCCUCCUCACCGGGGCUCCAUGAUGGGACAGAUCUGCUUGGGGGAGUCCCCACUACUGGCACCUACCCAGGGGACAACACCAGGGACAGCCACUUUGCCAACGUGCGGAACAAAGCCUUGGGCUCCCAGCAGCUCCUCAGCUUGCCCCGGGAGCAUGGCAACAGUGCCAGUGGCACAUUUGGCUACCUGGGAGGAAGGCUCACCAUACCAGGCACUGGGGUGAGCCUGCUGGUGCCUCAUGGAGCCAUCCCCCAGGGGAAGUUCUACGAGAUGUACCUGGUCCUCAACAAGGCAGAGAAUGCCCUCCUGCCCUCCGAGGGCACGCAGACGGUGCUGAGCCCGGCAGUGACCUGUGGCCCCACCGGCUUGCUCCUGUGCCGCCCUGUUGUCCUGACCAUUCCUCACUGUGCCGACGUCGGCUCCUCAGACUGGAUUUACCAGCUGAAAACACAGUCCCACCAGGGAAACUGGGAGGAAGUCGUGACCUUGGAUGAGGAGACCCUCAACACUCCCUGCUACUGCCAGUUGGAAGCCAAGUCCUGCCACAUUUUGCUAGACCAGCUUGGCACCUAUGUCUUCGUGGGAGAGUCCUACUCCAGGUCAGCCAUCAAGAGGCUUCAGCUGGCAAUCUUUGCACCCACCAUUUGUACAUCCCUGGAGUACAACCUCAAAGUCUACUGCUUGGAGGACACGCCAGAUGCUCUGAAGGAGGUGCUGGAGCUGGAGCGGACACUGGGUGGCUACCUGCUGGAGGAGCCCAAGCCCCUGCCCUUCAAGGACAGCUACCACAACCUGCGUCUCUCCAUCCAUGACAUCCCUCAUGCACUAUGGAGGAGCAAGCUGCUGGCCAAGUACCAGGAGAUCCCCUUCUAUCACAUCUGGAGCGGCAGCCAGCGAGCCCUGCACUGCACCUUCACGUUAGAGAGGUACAGCCAGGCCUCCACCGAGCUCACCUGCAAGAUCUGCGUCCGGCAGGUGGAAGGGGAAGGGCAGAUCUUCCAGCUCCACAUCACAGUGGGAGAGCACACCAGCACCUUCGACACCCUUCGCUCUCACCACAGCGGUGGCAGCACCACCACCACCACCACUCAGGUGGGACCCUACGCCUUCAAAAUCCCCCUCUCCAUCCGGCAGAAGAUCUGCAACAGCCUGGAUGCUCCCAAUUCCAGAGGAAAUGACUGGAGGCUUCUCGCCCAGAAGCUCUCCAUGGACCGGUAUCUGAAUUACUUUGCCACCAAAGCCAGCCCCACUGGGGUGCUCCUGGACUUAUGGGAAGCCGAGCACCAAGACGACGGUGAUCUCAACACCUUGGCCUGUGCCUUAGAAGAGAUGGGCAAGAGUGAGAUGCUGGUGGUCAUGGCCACAGAGGGAGACUGCUGAUGAUGCUUCUCAACAAGCAGGAGGACAAAACCUGGGGGGCAAAGGUGGGAGACCCUUCCCUGAUGGCCACGGGGGGGCACGUCCAGCCCUGGGCAGCGGCUGAGCAAGGAAGGGCUGAGGCCAGAGCUUCUCCCUCCCUCCCUGCAUCACUGUCAGCCUUAGAGACCCAUCCUCAGCGUUUACAAGCAAUUCAAGUGGUACACAGCAUUCCUCUCCCUCCUCCUCCUCCUCCUUGCCGUGGUGUGGGGAGGAAUUAGGGCUUCUUGAGUCGGGACAGGGGCUUUCCUUCUUCAGUUGGCUUCACCUCCUCCUCCUCUAAUAGCAUUUCUGCGUUGAAGAGAUGAGUACAAUCCAGGCGAAGGCUUCUGUGGAAAGCUUCAAGACAGCUCAGCAAGGCAAAUAAGAAGAAAAGGAAAGAAAAAGGAAAGGGAAGGAAAGAAAAGGAAAGGAAAGAUAAGAGAAGAAAAGGAAAGGAAAGAAAAGGAAAGGGAAGAAAAGAAAAGGGAAGAAAAGAAAAGACAAGGCAAGACCACAACCACAAAACAAACCCAAGAAGAGUUUCUUAGGAAACGCCAAUAAUUUAUUAUCCAGAUCUAUGGAUGAGUCCUUUUUACAAAAAAAAAAAAGAGGAAAAGAAAAAAAAAAGUCAGAUUUAAUAAACAUUUUUCUUUGUGUGUGUGUGUGUGAGAGAGAGAGAGCAAGAGAGUUGGUCUGGUCAGGGUGGUGGCAAGAGAAGAGAGAUUGGUGCGGACACCCUUUUGUAGGAAAAAAGAGCGUGGAGCAAAAUGUGUUUACAUGUCCUGGGAUCUACUAGGGAGUCUUGUAGGGUGAAGUGCCUCUACAUCCCUCUGCUUCAGGGCCACCUCAGACCCUCCCCAAGGGUUUUUUUUGGGUUGUUGGUUUGGUGUUUUUUUCCCCCUUGCAAACUCCCCUUUUCUUAGCAGCAGUGCCUGGUGGAGUGAGGAAUCCCUUUCUGCCUGCAAAGAGGGAUGAGGGAUGUAGGGGUUGGAGUGGGAAGUGUGUCCAGAUAAGGGUAUUUUUAAUGAAUUCCCCCCUGGAAUCAUCUGGGGGAGUAUUUUUCAGGAUGACUGCACCUUCAUUCAUCACAUCACUUCGGUACAAACCAAAGAUUUCACUCCUGCACCAACCCCCUGACCCACACUGGGGAGGAGGGGGUGUUUUUAAACCUACAGUGAGCACAUCAAGCCUGGGUUCAGAGGUCAGAGAGGAAGAGAACUGCAUCCAGUUCUGGAGCUCCCAUUCUAAGAAGGAUGUGGAUGUGCUGGAGCAUGUCCAGAGAAGGGCCACGAGGAUGGUCAGAGGGCUGGAGCAGCUCUGCUGUGAGGUGACCUCCUUGUGGCCUUCCAGUAUCUGAAGGGGGCCUCCAAAAAAGCUGGGGAGGGACUUUUUAGGCUGUCAGGGAGUGCCAGGACUAGGGGGACUGGAGCAAAGCUGGAGAUGGGGAGCUUCAGACUGGAGGUCAGGCAGAAGUUGUUCACCAUGAGAGUGGUGAGAGGCUGGAAUGGGUUGCCCAGGGAGGUGGUUGAGGCCCCAUGGCUGGAGGUGUUUAAGGCCAGGCUGGCUGAGGCUGUGUGCAGCCUGCUCUAGGGUAGGGUGUCCCUGCCCAUGGCAGGGAGGUUCGAACUGGAUGCUCCUUGUGGUCCCUUCCAACCCUGACUGAUUCUAUGAGAUGAGUAGCUUGUGGAAGGGUCUGAGGCGAACAAAGCGUUGGCAGAUCAGGGCACAUUGUUCUCAGAGCUCUGUGCUCCUGCCCUGUUCCUGAUGCAGUAUUUCAGCAAAGACUGGGGGAGGAAGACCUCAGUAUCUAUAAGCUGCAAGCCAGGUUGAGCAUUUUCGUUGUGAGGGAUGGCAUCUUCUGGUCAUGGGAUUUUCAUCCUCCUUUCUGUUUUUUCCUGCCUGUAAUAGACUUUUACUAGGGAUGGAGAAGUUGUGGGAUGAGUGGAAAGUGACCAAGGGGUAGGUUCCUCACAAGGAUGUGGUGUUUCAAUGAAGGUCAAGAUAUAGACUGCCUGCAGGUAGGUAAUAGUUACUCAGCAGUGCUACACCUUAGGGAUUUGUCUGGUAUUUAGAACCAAAAAUAGGGCAGGGAUGGUAAAGCUCAGGAUUAGGUUUAGAUCACACGGGCAGCCUGUGCAUCCUCCUUCAGAGCAAGUGUUAAGAGCAGGUCCUGCUUUGGGCUGCGAUACCCUGGCCUGGCGUCAUGGGGCGACGCUGGGGAGCAGAGCAAACUCAGGGAGCCCUGCCGUGAGUGAGAGCAUCUCCCUCGCCAGGCGGCUCGGGGGAGCUGACUUCAGUAUUGCGUGGGCACGGGUGCAAGUCCUCCUCUUGGCAGCUCUUGGAGCAGCGGCUGAACGUGUGGCGCUGCUCCCUGCUGCGUCUGGGGCUCGCUGGGCUUCAUUUCUUGCUGGGUCUUCAGGGCUGUGGGAGAGGGGAUCUUCUUCACAUGGGUGGGAAGCCUUCUGCUGGGUCAGCUCCUGUGUCAGGUCGGAUGGGUUUUAUCUGUCCCUUAGGCUGCGUUUGAGAGUCAAAUUGCUGACCUUGCCUCUGAGCUGAGACGGGGAGCAAGCACAUUUGGAAUCAGAUGAAGAACUGAUGGGUCAAAGUGGCUGCUAGUGGUCUAUAGGGCUUCUUUCUCAGCAUUGCUGUGCUCUGUGAGAUGAGAUCCUCUUCUUUCAGGUCUCAUCUGAAUCUCUCAUUCUCGCUGUCUGGCUCACAGACCACUGCAGUGUCACACAUGCCGGUCUGUCUGUCCAUCCGUCCCACCUCUGGCUGCCUCUGCCUCCAUCCCCAUCCGUCCAUAUUUGUCUUCCCUUUCCUUCCAGCAGGCAGCAGCUGUCUGUGUCCACCCAGGUGUGUACUGGGGGGAUGGUGUUCUCCCCAUUUUUCAGACCUGCAGGACAGUGGGGAGGUCUCCUGAGUGCCUGCGUCCAUCUCCCAUGGGUGCCAGCUCCCACUGGGAGCCCUCCCUGCCUCCCUCUGUGACUGGAGUUUGCUCCAGCCAGGAGUUUUGGCAGAGGCAAGCCCAUGGUCUGUGUCGUGCUGGCAGUGUCCCAUCUCUUGCUCAGCAGUCUGUUUCCAUAUUUAUAUGUCCAGGGGAUGGGCCUGGUGGCAUCCUCUAAAACCCCCAUCUGUUUAUUCUGUAAACUAAAGAACUGUAAAUAAAGUUUAGCCUUCCUACUGUAACAAA